AUGAAAUUUUUUAUAAUCUUGUUAGUUGUAAUUUUGUUAACCUUCUUCACUAUCAACAUUAUAUUUGGAUAUAUCCAUAUAUUCAAUUUAAAAAAACAUAAAAAUAAAAAAAAUACAAGUAAUAAGAGGCUAUUAAAAUUGUUUUUACACGUACGCAUACUAAAAGAAAUAAUAGUUAAUUCAAUAAUUAAUUUUUAUAUUAAAAUUAAAAUUAUAUCAUAUUGUGUGCAUAAGUACGUUUCGUUUAAUAAGAACAAAUAUGUAAAAAUUUCGGAAAAUAAAAAAGAAGGCGAAAACUUCAUAAAUAAAGAAAAUUGUGAAAUAAAGACAAUUUAUUUUAUAAGGCAUAGUGAAUCUGUUUGGAAUAAUACUUUCAAUAAAAAAUUAACUUUUAAAGCGUUUAUAAAUAUUUUUUUAGUAAUUUUUUAUGAAUUCAUUUUUUUAUUCAGCAAAAAAUCUGCGUUAAUAGACUCUCCUUUAAGUACUAAUGGAAUAAUCCAGUCUCUUGAAUUAUCCAACUUUUUGCAGGAAGAAAAAAAAAAUAAAAAUGGAAAUAAACAUUGUUCUGUUCCUAUAAAUCAAAUAGAUUUUUCCGAUGAAAAUGUUAAAAAAUAUGAAAAUAGUUUAGAGAUGAUAAAAAUGCAACAAUGUGAUAGCAAAAAUAAUAAUUUUAUUAAAAACAAAGUUUCAGAAAACAUUGCUGAUAUGAAAAAUACUUAUGAUAUAAAUAAUUUAAAGAAUGAUGAUGAUCAUUAUGAUCACAAAAAAAUAAUUAAUCUAAGUAUAAAAGAACAUAUAGACGUGCUCAAUAAAUUAAAAUAUAAUAGUGUUUUGUUAUGUUCAGAUUUAAGAAGAACUAUAUCUAGUUGUUUUAUUUCAUUUUAUAAUAGAAUAAAUAAGUUUAAUGAAUCUAUUUAUGUUUUAAAUUCAUUACAAGAGAUAAGUAGAAAUCCAGAUUGUGUACCGUUGCUUAAAUUUUAUAAUAAGUAUAUUACUACUGAUAUAGAAAAUUUCUUACAUAAAGAUGUAGAAAGAUUAUUUAAGAAAAAUAUAAAAAUUGCUAGUACGUCCUCAGAGAAUUAUAUUCUAGAUACAUUAAAAUAUAUUUUUGAUAAUGAAAAUAAUAUUUUCAUAAUUUUUGGCCAUAGUUUAUGGUUUCUGUUGUUUUUUAAUUAUUUCUUAAAAAUUCCACAUAAAGCAAAAACUCAUAAAAUGCAAAAUUCAUCCAUUGUUGUUUUUAAUAUUAUGAAAUGUACUCAUGAAAAUAAGGUAGAUUAUGAAAUUGAAAAAAAUAGUAUUAGAGUUAUUUACAAAGGUUUCGAUGAAAAGGAAUAUUUUAAAUCAUAA